AUGGUGGGGCACUUUGUAUGGGCUUAUGGCAAAGCGUAUGAGCCCUCGCAAAUUUCCUCGUAUUUUCCAACGCUACAGAUGCCGCAGAGUGGCGAUAUUUCGUUCCUUUUUCCUCCAAAGGGCCAAUGCGGCACCUAUUCAAACCCCUUUUUUAAAUCAGAUCUAGAAAAUGCGCAGCUUUCCUCGGCUCGUACCUUGAUGUUUGAAUGGGAGGAUCUGGUUUCUGCAUCUGGAAAGCUAGUUGCCAUCAAUGGGCUUGUCGUUAACAUAACGACCAUUCAACUUGCACAAGAAAUACCACCAGGAUCCGACGCCUCGCUUUCCUUUGCUAACAAUCGCAUGUCAAACCAAACAGAGUGCCUUUUCAGCAGAUUUGAAGUGGGGAUUCUUUCCAAAGACAGCCCGGGCUGCUUUUUUGCAAAAGUUAUUCUUGCAAUCUCGCUAUUUACCAUUGCCUUUGUGGUUCUUUUGCGAUUCUUUAUGGCCGUCAUAUUUGAUUGGUUUUUAUCAACAAAAAUUUCGCCUCAAAAGAAGAAAAGCAGCUCUUAUGGAAAGCAAAAGUCCUCCUCAACCAGACUGGCGUCAAUAUAUGCGCCAUCUGCCGCUGGAGAUGCAUCGAGCCCCAAAUUUUGUUCUUCAAGCGCAGAUUUAACGGCAACAGCACCUUCUGAUUCUGCUCUUUCGUCUCUAAGGCAGGACCGAAUUUUCUCUCUAAUUUCCCCGGCCCUUAAUCGGUCAGCCAGCUCCAUUCCUACGACAAAGAUUUCUUCAACCGACGACAUGUACGUAUUGCUUUUGGUCACCUGCUAUUCGGAGGGCAAGGACGCAAUCGUAACUACACUUGACUCUCUCUGUGAGGCCGAAUAUGAUGACGAAAAAAGACUUUUACUUGUCGUUGCUGACGGUAUAGUAACGGGAUCUGAAAAUGCCAACUCCACGCCGGACAUCCUUCUUUCUCUGAUGAGCAGCGACACAAUUGCUUUCCAACUAAGGUCCUCCACUGGAUCGAGCAGCUUUCCCGCCACAUACGACUCGAUUGGGGAGGGAAUGCGCAGUUCAAAUGGGGCUCUCGUUUACGCUGGAUACUAUGGUUCCACACGUGGAACGGGGGCAAGAAUCCCGAUGCUUUUAAUUGUCAAAACGGGGAUCAAUUCAUCUGAAAUCGCCCAUUCUAACCGUCCUGGAAAUCGCGGGAAAAGAGAUUCUCAGGUAGGAGGAGGAGCAUCUUUUCUUGUAGAUAAUUUUGAUCCACUUUUUGAUACGCGUAUUGUUUGA